UGGUUGGCAUCAUCAUGGCGGCCAAGCCACAAUGAAGGAACCAUGGAUUUCUACUCGUAACUUUGCGAAAUUACUGUCGGAAUAUUUGCCUUUGGUUGGAAGUGUUUGUUUUCCUAUCAAAAUUAAGUGCGGUCAGUUUAACAGCUUUUACCUCAAGCUGCUGGAAACUUUUUGACACCAGUGUCCACUAUCACAGCUGAUCACAAUGAGCGGUGUUAUUGGUCAGACAAGAAACGUUUUACCAUUGUUUAGAACUUCAUUUACGUGGAGAUUUAAAAGUGACUAUCUGUACAAAUUAUCUUCACAAAGUGUGUCAUCUUCACGGUGUGUUUGUUGCGGUAUUUCAUGUCUAAAACAGAAAAGCAUUUUAUGCAAAAUAUCGGAUCCGAAGAUGUCAUCUGUAUUGCGGUAUUCUACAUCAAGUGAAGUGUAUCCUCCGGAGGCAAAGGUCCAACAAAGCAAAGUCCCUCUGACAAACAAAGCUUUCAGGGAAAAUAUUGUCAAAUUUGCCACUCAGCUCAAUGUGGAUAUUUCAGAAGAAAGAAAUCUUUUAGCAGCAUUCACUCAUGAGUCAUUCCUUCUACAAAAUGCCAACAAACUAUCAGGGUCAUUUGGAUUUAAUGAAAAGCUUGCUUUUAUUGGAGCACAAACUGCAAGAAAGAGCUUCACUGAGUACCUGUUUGAAAACUUUCCUCAACUUUCAGCUGCAGAGAUUUGGGAUCUACAGAACAGUUUUUUAGAAGAUUUUAUAAUGCAAAAGGCAGUAGAAUGGGACAUUAUGCAAAAAACUCUCUACUAUCGACAAUCUAAAGAACUGAUGCAGAGACAAACUGUGCUUGCUCUGGUGGGAGUAGUUUAUACUCAUCAGAGUCCUAAGAAUGCAGAUGCAUUCGUGAAGACUCAUCUUAUACCUGAGCUAACUAAAGAGAAGGUUGAAGAGAUGGUGAAACUCCAACACCCCAAGUUCAUUCUUCAGCAAAUAUCUGUUGAAAAGGGAUACUUUCCUUUAAAAGUAAAACUUGAUUUCCAAGAGAAAAGCAAGUCCAAGUAUAAUGUGAACAACCCAUUCAUCUAUGGUGUCAUUGUGACAAGGGGUGAAAAUAGGGAAAUUUUAGGGAAAGGUGUCUGCCACUCACUUGUAUCAGCAGAGAAAAAGGCAUGUCAGAGGGCUUUACUAGAUCACUAUCCUGAUGAAUUCAACAAGUUUCAGUUAGCUCUUGAUGGGGAUGAUUUUGUAAAAGAAGAAAAUAUUGAUCUUGGUUUGACUGUUGCUGAACAGAGAGUAGUUGAGUUGGAGAAGGAAAAUGACAGUUUUGGAUUCCACAUAAGGGGAGGAGAGAUGAAGAAAAAACAGACAGACAAGUUUCUUGAGUGUUAUUACAUGUCACCAGUGUUUAUAUCUCACAUAGUGAAAGACAGUAUUGCGGACAAACAUGGAGGACUUAAGGUUGGAGAUAAAAUUCUUGCCAUAAAUGACAGAAGUGUGGAAGGACUUGAUCACAAGCGUGUUGUGAAGCUUUUGAAAUCUGUUUCAGGCCCUGUGUCAUUUACUGUUACACACUGCAGAGAAACUUUAAUAGCCGACAAGCUUGAGCAGAGGUUUAUAGAAAUAAGGCGUAAGAAACGUCUGGCAGAGUUAUCAUCUGAUGUGUGGUCAGAAUGGCACCAAGCACAGUCUGACAAGGCUCCAUCACAGUACAAAGAUGUCCUUAAAUAUCACAAGAACCCAUCAUCUUAGUAUGGCUGAAAAUAUGUUAACUAAGGAAAAGUUGUGUCCAACUCAGAAGGCUCUCUCUGGCUGAAAUAAAUGGUUUGGUGUUUGUAUCACAAGCCUUUUUGUUGUA